CCAAUGGGAGAGCAUCUUUAGGGCGGGCUUGUGGAGUCGCGCAGAAUUCAAACAUUAGGCGUCGACUCGGAGACAAGCACUCUAACUAGGAUUAAUGACUGGCUUUUUAGCAAGAAAUAUUUGUGUUUAUAAAAAAGCGGAAAGUGUAUGGUGCGGCUGGUAUACAUACUGAGCUGAAAAAUCAGAAGAAAAGUUACUUUUGGGUUGCAUUGUACUUUUAUUUCCCAACGCCUCAGACUAUGGCAUCUCAUCUACUUCAAGGUGUUGGAUCUGCAGUGGGUUGGCGAACACAUCAGGUACUAGAAGAGACAGAAGAACUGCAAAGCCCUCUUCCAGAUCGUUUUCGUAAACGCCCAUCCUCCAGUUCACUCAACACCCUUCGAAUGUCCCUGCGCAAGAAACUGCCACUUAAAACGGUUGAUGUUAAUUUACAAGAGGAAAUCACAUGGGAAACACUGGAAAACCGGAAGAAAGUUGGCACAGUAUGCAGCAUCUCAAGGAGCGCUAAGAAUGCCUUAGGAAGUGUGUCACAGAAGCUUCAAAAGAGAAGACAUGCCAAAGAAGAGUGCUUGGUGGGAACUCCAGGAAAAUCUCGAUGUGGAGAAAAUCAUCCAGGUGAUACACCUGUGAGCACCCCCUGCAGACCUACGCCUUCCCGUGUAUCGCCCACUGUUAAACGCACCACAAAGCGAACACCAAAGUCUGGGGUCAAGAGGACACCUCGUGUUAAGACACCAGAAAAUAAUGGGUGUUCAAAAACAGGAAGAGUUGGAAAUUACCGGAGAAAGCUUGUCCGUAUGGCAGCAGUGAAGAGUCCAUUUGCAUCACCAGGCACCCACGUUGGAAGAAGACAAUUUAACAAAGACUUGGAGUUUGUCUCUGCUGGCCUUAGUCAGCUGAAGGGUAUCUCUCAUGUUUUUGAAGAAGCAAUUGGAAGAGAUGAGUGCAAUCAAGCUAUUGAGAACUACAAGCAACUCAUGAUAAACAGUUACACAUGCUCUCAUAAUCGGCGAACUCGGAGAAUUUCACAGGCAUCAAUUCGUCAAGCUGCCAGGAUUCAGAAUGCCUUCCUCCACUGGGCCGAUGUAACUUUAUCUAGCAUUGGCAAAAAAAGCUAAAUGUCUGGUGGUUUUCCUGAAUUUCCUUCUUGUUUACAGACUUUCUGGCUGGAAUGCCCAUCUUUACUGUGAUCAAAGAAACCUCUAGCUUUUGUAGAUAACCAAAAAUGGACAACAGCUUAUUUCUUUACUGGCCUACUGUUAGUCCUGCUUGGCUAUGUACCACCUCAGGUGUCUUUUAAUUUGUUUGCUGCUCACUCUCUUUCAUGGCGAUGUACUGUUGGUAAUAUUUCACUGUGUAAGGAUCUAUUUGAUGCCUAUUGCCAUCUGCACUCACUGCUUAACAGAAGGCCUCUUAAAUUUUGCAAGUUCUACACUCCAUAGCUCAGUGUUGCAUCUCUAGUUCUGAAGCAUCCACAAAGAUUGAAUUGUCAAUUUACUUUAAACCAAAGUCAAUGUCUUUCAGUUUUAUUUCAGUUAUGGAUAUUUACUGAUAUUUAGCAGCACUAACAAUGAGUACGCAGUAUAAACACUCUGAUAACAUGCAAAUUUACUGAACCAAGUAUUGAAACAUAACUAACACUACACCACUUGAUUAAUUGGUGAAUUAUUUUAUUUUAUACAUUCCAAAUUAUAUACAGCCAUGGAAUGACUUUAUUAAAUGAAACUGUCAUGAAUAGCCAUGACCACUGCACUAGUGGCCAAUGACCAAUGGGAAUUUCGGGUGAUGUUACUCCUCCUAAGUCUAUUAGGGCUCUCAUGCUGUAUUGUUUAAAUUAUUCUUUAACUACUGACAGGUAUUCAGGCAGAACAGCUAUUUCUAUAGAAAUGAGACUUUAAUUGCUUAUUUGUAUACAUUUUAUUUGCUACUCCUGUAAACAUGUGAAGGCUUUGUGUGUGUGCGUGUUUUUUUUAAAUGUGGGCUCUGGUUAAGAGAUCCCAUGUAUUUGAGGCCCAGCCUUGUAUAAUUAUGACCAUGACAUUGUAUUACACUUAUUGGUUAAAGUGGACUUGUCAAUGAAGUUUAGAAAUUUCUUUUUGAAUUUUGUUUGGAAAUAAAAUUUUUACUGUAUAGAUUUUUUUUUUUAAACCAUG